AUGAGCCGCGCAUUUGAGCCGAGCCUUCCUGACUCUUCUGGAGAGAACCUACUCGAAGAGCUAUCAGCGAAAACACCCCCGAGGACGACCAGGAACCCAGCGCCUCCUUCGCAAGCAGCAAAGUCAAGUAGGCGAAAGGCCACCCCAGCACCGAAGAAAGAACGGGCCAGGACAAUGUCUCAACAGAUCGAAAGCGAACCAAGAGACGACGGCUUCGGAGGGGACGAGCCAAAAGAGAAGAAGGUGAAGAAGAGGGUUGUUCAGCAGACGGAGCCAAAUAGGAGGAACACGAGAGGCAAAGAGAAAGCCAAGACACCGGGCGCGAAGCAACGAAAGGCUAGUCAGGAGGACUUGGGCAAGCGCAGACUGUCCAAGACACCAGGGAAUGAUUCAAGAAGCGAUGAUGACGAGAGUGGCUGGGAGGACAUAGAGCCAUCGCUGGCAGAGGAAGAUAUGCAUGCGGUGAAGAAUACCAGAAAGGUCCAAGGAUACGUCACGAGCCCUAAGCGUUCGAAAGCCUACCAGAGUUACACCAGAGCCUCAACAUCGAACAAGCCGACUCCAGGAAGGAAAGUCCCAGAUUCUGGAGCCGGUACUGGAAGUGGCAAGCAAGUUAGUGGCCCCAGGAUCUCUGACUGGAACCCCGGAAGAAGCGAAACCGAAAUUACUUUAUCUGCGCCUUCCAUCGCAAAUCAGAAACAACACGAUCUUUCUAGUAUAAAGACGAAGGGUCGUACGAUUUCACGCUCUCAGCUUACUAUGCUAGAUGUUCCGCUGGAGCAGGAGGAAGUCACUUUCUUGUCUCAAGGCCCAGUCUCUGACCAAGUCCUGUUGAGGAUAGGGCUGGAUAGGACUUCCGGAAAGCCUCAUCAGCAUGAGAAGCAUGAGAAGGGGAAAGGGAAAGCGACCGUGGUAUCCGAGCGCUCAGCUUCUGAGGUUCGAUAUCCAUCCAGUGAAGCGGAAGACGAUGCAGAUGUCCCUCAGCCUUUCCAUGACACCGCGGUGUCUCGCGAGGAGCGACACGUAUCGAUCGCCAACCAAUCGAUACAGGAUGACGAUAGCCUACUAGAUGCCAAAGCCAAGCAGAUGUUCGACCAUAUCCUUGACCUCGCGAGCAAUCCGCGUGAGUGGCUCGACUUUCUCGGUCAAGACGACUUUGGCAUCGCGAAGGGGAGUGCCCUGCUUACCGAUUAUGGCCAUUCUUCCGCUUAUGACAUGCUGGUGUAUGUGUUCGGCAAGAUGAACGACAAUCUAGCCAAGAAGUACGAGCAGACCUGCUACAACUACAAAGAUAUUACUGUGCAAGUUGGAGAAGAGCCAGACCUGUACCGCCCGAACAAGAUAUGGAAAGCGUACUCCAUUCUUGUAGAAAGCCGAAGGGCCCUUUCAAGCAUGCGCGGCGAGGAAAAGGUACGAUGGUACAACAAUCUCUGGAGGAAGAUCGUCAGCAGAACACCAUACCUACUCCGCACUGCUACCGAUACCACACUACACCAUUAUCGCAAGCAGAGUUAUGUUCUCCUCCUGGUCCUCACCCUGGCUUCUGAGCCCGCCUUGGGUCAACACGUCAAGCGCAACGACGCCCUUCUUGACAACCAUAACAUAUGGUACCAGGACGGUGUGUCAGACCUACUGAAGUAUCUGCGUCACGACAAGUAUCCAGGAUCCUCCACCUGCGAAGUAACAAAAAUCUUCUCUCAUCUUUCCGCGCGGAUCCACGGAGAACAGGAGGAUUACGGCCUCGCUACGGAACCGGACUCAGAUUCUGAGCUCGAGACUGCUGUUGCGGAGACAGCGCCAGAGAUUCAUCAUAGAGGGCGCAAAGGAGGGCGGAAGGUGAAAGUUGCUACGCAGAGUGCGAAGCCAACGUCUCCUACGAAACGUAGGAACACUAGGUCUCAGAGCGCAAUGACUCGUUCAAUCAAACGGGCCAAGACCACUAUUCACGGACGGGAACGAGGUAACAGCGACGUAGAGAUGACGGAUGGGGACACGGCCUUUGAAUAUGAAGGUGAUGAUGCCUUUGGUGACUUGGACUAG